AUGGCCGAAGCAAGCUGCGCGCAACAUACCAGCCUGGCCCGCCGCGGCAUCUCACCCGUCGGAACCGCGCCCAUGCUGCGGAUGCGGAUGCUCGCCCUCCUACUGGCUGUCGCCUUGCCGUCAUCCAUGGCCGCAUGCGCCGAUCCCUUCACGUACACCUACAACAAGAUCAAGUACGACAACGCAGAAGAGAGCGGCCGCAGCUACACGCUGUACGACAUUUACCCUGGCGGCUGUUUGUGGAACUUCACCACGGCCAAGGCAAUCUGCGAGCAGGACGGUCUGCAGCUAGCACCUCACGGCGAGGCGCAGUCACUGGCCGUCCUCCGGGAGCUGUGCGCCAAGAACCGCUACACGUGUUGGAUGGACGGGGUGCCAGCAGACCCCUCCGCCGACCUGUGCUACCUGAUGAGCCAGGAGGGAGACGUGCACCUGCAGGGCUGCGACCAGCCCGUCCGCUUCGUGUGCCGUGACCAGCAGGCCGCAUGCUCCGAUCCCUUCACAUAUACCUAUAACAAGAUCCAGUACGACAAUUCAGAAGAGGGUGGUCGUAUCUACACGCUGUACGACAUUUACCCUGGCGGCUGUUUGUGGAACUUCACCACGGCCAAGGCAAUCUGCGAGCAGGACGGUCUGGAGCUGGCACCUCACGGCGAGGCGCAGUCGCUGGCCGUCCUCCGGGAGCUGUGCGCCAAGAACCGCUACACGUGUUGGAUGGACGGGGUGCCAGCAGACCCCUCCUCCGACCUGUGCUACCUGAUGAGCCAGGAGGGAGACGUGCACCUGCAGGGCUGCGACCAGCCCGUCCGCUUCGUGUGCCGCCAGAGAGCAGCCGCUGGAAGAGCGGCUGCUCGCGGCGUUGCUGUUCCUACCGAAGGCGUGCUGUCGCUGAGCAGCCAUGAUUACGACUACCGCCUGUACACCGUAGACGCGGCUGUACGCAUGUCGUACCAUGGGGCUGUCGAGUUCUGCCAGGAGUUGGGUGCUGGCUGGGACCUGGUGCCGUACUGGGACGACAGCAGCAACGCGUAUGCCGCCGUACUGCAGUUGUGUUCCGAUCUUCAGUUUACUUGCUGGCUGAAGCGCAAGGACGACAGCCGCACUGGCAGCAGCGGCCCAAUGCUGUGUCCCCUCAUGGCCGCGGACGGGGGUCUGCAGAUGCAGGGCUGCGAGCAGGACGUGCGCUUCGUGUGCAGGAAGGCGCAGAGGGCCACGUAG